CCUCUGGCAGAUCAAUUGUGGUUUCUGCUGGGGUUUGUUGUACGACAAUGACUGGCUCAUUCUGUGGAGCUGUUGGUAGUUUGCUAGCUGCAUCGUCUCUCAGUUUGUUCAACAGCUCGAUGAGAGCACCUUCGCUCGGUUCAUCGGUCGUGUACUGCUCCAAUGCCUUUAGAAAGCCGCGGAAAGCGGAGAUUCCUCGCUUAGAGACGAUUUCAAUAAACUGUAUGACAGUAUCGGUGUCUGAGGCCGAUUUCAGUUGCUGCCUCGAUUCAGACAGCGUUACGCAUCUGUUCCCGAUCAGAUAAGGGCGCAGAUUGUUUAGGUUCACGGCUUUCGUUAUUUCCACGGUGUGGCUUGUGAGGAUCUCUGCCGCAGUGCGGUCGUCCAGCGAGAGCUCGGAAUCGAGCUGGGUACGAGCCGGCGACGGAUACAACUGGAAAUGAAAAACAAUCACUACUAGUCUAUACGUACAAAGAAGUCUUUUACUGUGGUAAAAUCAAACCUGUCCUGCCAUGGCCGCUA